AUGCGCACGAACUCCAUCAGCAAGUUCGUCAGGGACAUGAGGCAACCGAAGUCCGUCUCCUGCGAAAUCCGGCAGCGGGAAGAGCCUGCUAUUGAGGCGCAGGAACUGCAGGACGCACAUGUACAGCUUCUUUCUCAGCAUGGACGAUUCCAGCGGAAGCACAUGGAGCAUCUUGAGCACGUCGUCGAAGAGGCGCUCCCGGAGUUCCUCGCACCAGCUGUUGGCGAUGUGGUUCAGCGCAAGCGCCUGCACGUGUUCGACGGUGCUGUGCAAAUCUUCCAGCGUAGUGUUUAUCGCCAUGCGCCGCAGGUCCUUCAAGUCCCCGAGUAA